GUUGAAAAAAAUUGUAGAAAUGAAUACUUGAAAACAAUAUAACAUUUCCUAUUCCCUGUAUUUCCCAGCAUGCAGUUCCUGGCUCUCUUUCUCCUUGUGGCCCCUGUGGCUUACACUGUGGCUGCCCCAGACCCCACCACCAUCUGUUUUCCAGAAAAGAUGACCCUACGCGGCUUUAGCUUGUCAAGACAGGUACAGGUAAACUUGUCUAUGGACUUCUCCCAGAACAAAAUCGCCGUGGUCUAUCCGGAAAAAACGACAGUGUCAGACCUCAACACCAAAUACACCUACGUGGUUGACGCAACAGGUGCUUGCACCAGGGAGCCUCUUUCUCCCUCCGGAUACUUCACAAGAUGCCUCCCAGGUAGAUUGAUUGAUUGA